AUGGGACCACCACCGCCGCCACCGCCGCCGCCACCUCCCAACAGCGAUAGCUCCUCGCCCUCUGCAACCCUGGCAUCCGGACCACCACCUGCUCCUCCACCCGUUCUUCCGCCACAAGCUCCACCUGCCACCAUCGACACCACUUCACCCAGGGCCAGCACCAGCCACGUCGCAGGCGCGUCGUCUACUUCCAGCCACCAUCCUGCCCUCCCGCCGUCCUCCAAGCUCCUGAACCAUUCACCUCUGGACGCACCUGAUGAGCUCGACCGCAAGUGGUACGCGCACUUUUACCACAUGCAGAAAACCAUCCAGGGCAAAGACGAGACGGCAGCGCUCGUCAUCUUGAAGCAGCAGCCGACCGAAGAUGUGACGCCGCUGCCGUUCCAGCCGUACAUUGCACUCCUAUACGGCGUGAUCACGGACCCCUCGCAGUCGAAGCAGCAUCUCCGGUACUUGACUGCAGUGGCAGCUGCUGACAAUUACAAGAACUGCAUGGCCUGGCUUCAGAAGCUCGUGGACCUCAAGUUUGUCAAGCUGCUUGUCGCAUGUCGCAGUCAACUGCUCUGGCUUGUCCGGGAACUCGUGCACGUGAAUGCACCUGGUGUCGACAAAGUCGUUGCGUGCUUGAUGCGGUACCUUACGGGCGGCGAUCCAAGUCGUACGACCAUUUGGCUCGCGUCGUCGAUGAUUCGCAUUCUGAUUGAGCACGAAGCUUGGCUGCUGUCGUGCUCGAGCUUGAUCCCGUUUGUGUUCCACACCUUCGCACGAAUUGCACUCGACCACUCGGCUGCGCAACAUGCGAGCUUGUUGAAGCAGGAGGUGGAGUUGUGCACGACGUUGUGGAACCGUCGGCAGGCGGAUGUAGCACAGCUCGGACGAGAAAUUGUGCGCGUGCUCAGCGACGCGAAAGAUAUUCCAGGGAUGAAUGCACUUUGGAAACAAUUGCGGAACGUGCGAGACACUACUGAGGUGGAAAAGGAGGUCACUGUCUACUCAGUGGCACAUUUGAUGGCGAUCGCGACACCUCCAAAGUACCUUGCUUAUCGGCUGAAUCCUAAAAUGGAGGAAUAUCUGCUCUUCAUGAUGGAACGUGUUCAAGCGGCUUCUGUAACACGCUACCAGAAAUGGUUCUCGUCACAGUUUUUGAGCAGUACAGGAUCGGACGCACUCGUUCCCGACCUCGUGCGGUACAUAUGCGCUGUCUAUCAUCCCUCGAACCAGAUUCUGAGCUCAAAGGUCACACCGCGGUACCACAUUCUUGGAUGGCUCUACCUGCUCUGCCACGGUAGUAAAACUCCGAAUUUGUUGGCUCGAGUCCAACUUGCUAUGUUUUUCGAUUAUUUGUACUUCAAACCAUCCGACAACAUCAUGAGUGUAGAGCCUGCGAUUUUGCUGAUGGUGAAAUCGCUCAAGAGUCACCCCAUUGUGUCGCUUUCCAUGAUCCAGUUUCUCGUGUUUGCUGUCGAAAAGUACGCUGCUUCAGCUGUCAAUCGAAAACUCAUGCAGAAAGGUGUGUCCACUGCGUUCUCGACGAUAUUAAAGCUUGGCGUUGUGCCAUCCAUCCUGCCACUUCAGUCGUUCCCGAUGCUGCUUUCCAGUGCUCCGGAACUCCAGUCGGAGCUUCACCGGAUUUUCCCAGAGCAUUUCCCCUCUGCUGAAAUUGCCACGAUGACCCAAGCGCAAGCCUCAGCAUCCAGUCCGCUAUCAAGUGCUGGUGAGAGCCCUUCCAGGUCCCCUGGUCCCGCGUCGUCUCCAGGUAGACAAUCACCUAUUAGGCAUUCGCCUGCUCGAGAGUCGCCUGUCCGAGGUAGUCCUAUCGGCGUUGGGAGCCCGCUUGCGUCGCCAUUACGAUCACAGAGUCCGGUACAUUCGGAUACAAGUUUGGGAGGCAGUGCAUCCUCUGACGCGAACUCCCUUGGAGCGCUCUCAUUUUUGCCCAGCAAUCAGCAUACAAUCGAGUCUACGACAGAGUUGGCAACUCAUGGUGACACCCUCACUCCAACAUCACCGGCACCUGUUAUCUCCCAUGUGCAGCCUGUUAUUGACGUUCCCGAGAGCAUCGCUGCUUCGGGGCUCAUUGACAUCAAGCGCUUUCAGCAGAUAAUGCCCGAGCCGUGUUCGCGUCCAUCCGAGAGCUUUCUGGAGUGUUUGAACGACAUAUUGCUUUCGUGGUCUCGACAAGACAAUGCAGUCGAGCUCGCCGCCUCGUUGGGAUCGUUUCUGCACGAGUUGCUUGAACGAAUUAUUGUAACGUCACCGAUUGCCUCGAGGAACUUACAAGACGCCACGUCUGUGAGUGUUUUCGAUUCAAUGCUGGACCAGGUGCUCAGUGAACCCUUGGCGCUCUAUGUGCCAUUCCUGAAGGCUAUGUAUGCGCGGGAUGUCACGAUUUCCUACCGGUUGCUUGUCUUCUGCUGUUCACAAGGCAACGGAAAGAGUCCGGACAUUGCUCUCGGGCCUUACGCUGUAUUUGCCGAUGCCAUAGGUGGCAACUUGGCCCAACACAUCGUGAAAGAUUUGAGUUUGAGUCAGCAAAUUGACGAUGCGCGGGCACAGGCUUGUGGCUUUUUGGAUAAGCCCGUGUCCAUGAGUUUGAGCAAGGGCGAGAUGGAUGCCGUGAGCGCCACUUCGCUUCUCGUAUGCCCGUAUUUAUUUGCACAUGUGGAGCAUCCGUUCCUUUCCAAGCUCGAGGGUCGCAGUGAAGCGCUCGUACAGUCGCUCCUCGGGCUCUUGACGCCAGCGAUGCUGCACACGCUAUGCAGCCGAGUUGUCAUGCGUGAGUUUUCGAUUUUCAACAACCGGCUGGCCAACAUUGUGCUCUCGUCGUUGCAAUGGACUUCAUGGGAACAGUACAGUAUGUGGGACCUCGUCGUGGCGGAGCUCCAGUCGGGGCGUUCAGUCGCUGCCGAAACAAACAUGAUGGCAGCAGCACGAAAGGUGUUGGCCUGUGUGGAUCCAAAAGAGACCCCCGAGACGAUGACUGGACUGCUCAAGUGUCUGAUCCACUUCCGGCCAGACGUCAGCGUAUUACAAAGCGUGUUCAAUCUCUCGGACACGUACGAUGAUUUCUCACUGUCAGUAUUGACUUGUUGGAUGGACAAAUUUCCGGACGUUAUGACGAGUUACGUCCACAGUUCUCUUGAGAGUGCUAGUGAGAGCAACUUUUCCAAAGACUCGGCAGUCGCAAGGUUAAUCAACAAACUGGACCAUCUCCAAGAAGUACGCAGUCGCAAUUUCCAUUCAAGUGGCUUGGAGUCUGAAGUGCUUGCGGUGCUCCAGGACGGAAGUAUCGUCUCAAUGUUGAAGAAAAAGCUACUGCAGCUACCAAUUGACACGUCGCCACUGGCGAAUGACUACCACACCUUGCGAGCGUUUCUAGUGGACGACGACCAACCUCCUUAUAAGAAGAAACCGAGGCUGGCAGAAGAGGAUGAUUAUCAAGCAUAG